GAUUACCGAGAGGAUGGGAUGGAUCUAGGCAGUGACGCCGGCAGCAGCAGCAGCAACAGCAGCCGCGCCAGUUCGCAGUCCAACUCCACCAAAGUGACCCCUUGCUCCGAGUGCAAAUCCUCGUCGUCGCCGGGGGGCAGCCUGGACUUGGUGUCUGCCCUGGAGGACUAUGAGGAGCCCUUCCCGGUCUACCAGAAGAAGGUGAUUGAUGAGUGGGCGCCGGAGGAGGACGGAGAAGAGAAGGAAGAGGAGGACGGGCGCCACGAGCGAGGGUACAGGGAUGACCGCUGUCCGGCCCGGGAGCCGGGGGACGUGAGCGCCGGGACCCGCAGCGGCGGGGGCAGGAGCUCCACCACCGCCAUGCCGCCCCCGGUGCCCAACGGCAACCUCCACCCGCAAGAGCCCCAGGACCUCAGGCACAAUGGCAACGUGGUGGUGGCCGGCCGGCCGAGCGGCUCCCGGGCCCCGCGCCGGGCGGUCCAGAAGCCCCAGCCGGCAGGGGGCCGGCGCGGCGGCCGGGGCCCGGCGGCCAGGGGCCUCUGCCUUCAGCCCACGGACAGCGGGACGUGCGUCCCUGAGGAGCCCCCGGUUCCCCCUAUGGACUGGGAGGCGCUGGAGAAGCAUCUGGCCGGGUUGCAGUUUCGGGAGCAGGAGGUGCGGAACCAAGGCCAGGCGAGGACCAACUCCACCUCCGCACAGAAAAAUGAGAGGGAAUCUAUCCGACAGAAGUUGGCACUGGGAAGCUUCUUUGAUGAUGGCCCAGGAAUUUAUACCAGCUGUAGCAAAAGCGGGAAGCCAAGCCUUUCCUCCCGCCUGCAGAGUGGGAUGAACCUGCAGAUUUGCUUUGUCAACGAUAGCGGCAGUGAUAAGGACAGCGAUGCUGAUGACAGCAAGACCGAAACCAGCCUGGACACCCCCUUGUCUCCCAUGAGCAAACAGAGCUCUUCCUAUUCAGAUAGAGACACUACUGAAGAAGAAUCCGAAUCCCUGGAUGACAUGGAUUUCCUCACAAGGCAAAAGAAAUUGCAAGCCGAAGCCAAAAUGGCCCUUGCCAUGGCCAAACCAAUGGCCAAAAUGCAAGUAGAAGUGGAAAAACAGAACAGGAAAAAGUCUCCCGUCGCUGAUCUCCUGCCACACUUGCCUCAUAUAAGUGAAUGCUUGAUGAAAAGAAGUUUAAAGCCCACUGACCUGAGAGACAUGACUAUUGGGCAGCUACAAGUGAUAGUCAAUGAUCUCCAUUCCCAGAUAGAAAGCUUGAAUGAAGAGCUGGUCCAGCUGCUCCUUAUCCGAGAUGAGCUGCACACGGAGCAGGACGCCAUGCUGGUGGACAUCGAGGACUUGACCAGAGUCCUCAGAGCCUAAGACAGGAGCUGCCAAACACAUAGUAAGUCCUCAAAAGUGAUUGUUGAUGUAAAGGAGUUCUUGUAGGGCUUGCUGCUGCUACUGCUGCUGCUAAGUCGAGUCAGUCGUGUCCGACUCUGUGUGACCCCAUAGACGCCAGCCCACCAGGCUCCCCCGUCCCUGGGAUUCUCCAGGCAAGAACACUGGAGUGGGUUGCCAUUUCCUUCUUGUAGGGCUUGAGUGAAAUUAAUUCUGCUAAAGACUUUCAUAUAAAUAGUUGAUGAGAACCUUUUAGUUUUAUAAACUGAAACUCUUUCCCUCCUUUGUCUAAAAUUUUAAUGAAAUUCACCCUUGUAUGUGUCUCAGAAAUAACACCCAACUCUCAAUAUUUUCAAGCUAUUGCCUAUCUGUUCUUUCCUUGUCUCUCAGAAAACCUCGUGUUGUAGGUUUGCACAACACAUUCACACAAAGAGAUACAUAUUUAAAGCUGCUAUAAGAACCAUAAUUUAAUUAGCUACAUGGAAUCUUAGCCACUGGGUAUCAAAAUAUUUCUUGAGCUGAAUUUGUUCAAGUGAGGCCCAUGAGCUACUUUAUGAAAAUAAUCAAGAUUCUUUUACACACAUAAAAAAGAUGGUCUGCUAAAAGGCAUGAUUUUUCUUGGGGAUACAGUGCUAUUGUUAUCUUUUUUCCCGAGUCCCUUUAGUGUUCGGUGAAUAUCAGAAUAUUAUUUGUGGGCUGCUGCAUGUGGCAAGGGCACGACUGUCACUUCCCUUUUCUGAAAAUAUUUGUGGUUUUCUUCCCUGUGCCAUAGAUGUGAAACAUUCUGCAUCAUUAACACCAGUGAGUUACACUUGAUGUCACUGACUACCCAAGUCAAGGCAGUGCACAGAAGUUGCACCCGAACCUUUGAUUACAGCUGGAAAGCACAGCAUUAGAUAACUUUUCUCUUGCCCAAUUUUUAAUUUCCUAAGAUCCUCCUUCAAAACAUUUGUUUCUUGCAACCUUCAGACCCUACCACUCUCCCAGAAGACGUUUGAUUAGUGCCUGUUUGAGUGAUGUCAGCAGCUUGGCCAUUCCCCUGUCUCCAUCUCCACUGGCCAGCUGCUGGGUUGGCCCGCCUUUGGGCUCACAGGCCAUGAUAGGACUUGAUGAGUAAGAAAGUUUACCCAGCCCUGUCCCCACCCUCACUGACCCAAUCAUGCCCUUAGGACUAAUUGAGGGGAGGAAGAGUAUCAAAUAUGGGAAAUCUUUGCAUCCACCAAAGCCUAUCAUUUGUUCUAAAGACAUUACUACCCUUUGUAAGAAUGAUAUUGGAUUAUUGUAUUAUUAACAGGGGCCUUGUUAAUACUUAAAUUUGCAUCUUUGUGCAUAUUUAGAUAAAGUAGUCAUGCAGUUAACUUUCUGUCACAAUAGCUUGUUCUGACUUUUUUGCUUAGCACAUAUUUUCUGUCUGCUGUGUCCUUGUUUGUUGUCCGUUCCUUUCUUGUCUCUUUCCAUUGAAAUAUAUGCCCCAUGAGAACAAAGAGUUCAUUGUCUGCUCACCACCAAAUCCCCAUCACCAGAAGCAGUGUGCCUGGCACAGAGAAGACCAUAUUAAACAUUUGCUGAAUAAAUUAUCCUAGUUAAUUUUCCCUUUUCGUUUUUAAACACAACACUUUUCUUCUCAAAGAAAAAUGGCAUCUACACGUCUCAGGCUAAUCCAGUGACUUACUAGAUAAAAGGAAUCAUACAUAGAAUGUAAAAAUUGAAGGGAAUUCCCUGGCAGUCUAGUGGUUAGGACUCCACCCUUUCACUGCUGAGGGCACAGCUUCAGUCCCUGGUUGGACAACUAAGAUCCAUCACCAUCCAAAGUUAGGGACUUCCCUGGUGGUCCAGUGGUUAAAACCAUGCUCCCAAUGCAGGGGGGGCCCGGGUUCAAUUCCUGGUCAGAUCCUGCACGCCAGGCAGCUUGGCCAUGAAAAAAAAUCAAAAGAAGGCACAUUCAUUUCAAUUAAGUACUGUUUCUUUUUUUGUUUUUUUUUCUCUCUUUUUUUGAAUUAAGUACUGUUUCUUGAUUCCCGUGAUUUAACUAUGGAGGAUGUUUUAGCUGCCAAUGGAAGAGUAGUUUGGAUCU